AUGUCGGGUGAACGUGUGGCCUGGAUUGGCCUAGGAAACAUUGGACGGGGAAUGAGCAAGAACAUCGCUCACAAAGGCCCUCAGUCCUCUCUGACUCUCUACAACCGCACCGUCGCUAAAGCUUCCGCAUUCGCCGAAUCCCUAGGCCCCAACAAAGCCACCGUCGCUACCACCAUCCCCGAAGCCGUCAAGGACGCCUCCAUCAUCUUCAUCUGCGUCGGUGACGAUCACGCCCUCGACCAGAUCAUCAACACCAUCCUCUCCGACUCCUCCAUCAACCUCACCUCCAAGAUCGUCGUCGACUGCUCAACCGUCCACCCCGACACCUCCCGCCGGAUUCACGCCGCCCUAACCGACCGCGGCGCCUUCUUCAUCGCCUGCCCCGUCUUCGGCGCGCCAGCUUUCGCAGACGCAGGCCAGCUGGUCGUCGUACCCGCCGGCGAUGCAGACGCCAUCAACCGGAUCAAGCCGUUCCUCGAGGGCGUCACCGCCCGCGCCACAAUCGACAUGAGCGGCCACGAGGUCGGCCGCGCCAGCACCCUCAAGGUCCUCGGAAACACAUUCAUCCUCAACAUGGUCGAGUCGAUCGCCGAGGGACUCGUGGUGGCAGAGAAGUCCGGUCUCGGGGCCGAUGUCUACCAGCAGUGGAUGCAUGCGCUUGUUGGGGGCAUGUUCGCUAAGUACGCAGACCGCAUGUACACGGGCGACUACUACAAGCGUGAGGAGCCGCUUUUCGCGGUGGACUUGGCACGGAAGGAUCUGCGGCAUGCGGCCAGCUUGGCUGAUGCGGCUGGUAUGCGGCUGCGUAGUGUUGAGGUCACGGAUGGGUAUCUGCAGCAGCUCAAGGCGGAGAAGGGGGAGAAGGGGGAUAUCGCGGCUGUCUAUGGGGCUAUUCGGAAGGAGUCGGGGUUGCCCUUUGAGAAUGAGCAGUGA